CUCCUGCCCAGGGAGUUCUCCAAGGAGCGAGAGAAGGCCAAGGCCCGCGGGGAUUUCCAGAAGCUGCGGGAGAAGCAGCAGCUGGAGGAGGAUCUGCGGGGCUACAUGGACUGGAUCACCCAGGCCGAGCUGGAGGGGGAUGAGGAGGAGGGGGAGCACGAGAAGCACCGUGAGCACUGGGCAUCGCUGAGUAACCUGGUGGGGUCCCUGCUGAACUCCAUGAAGUCCAUCGCCUCCCUGCUGCUGCUGCUCUUCCUCUUCAUCAUCAUCUUCGCCCUGCUGGGCAUGCAGCUCUUCGGGGGCCGCUUCAGCUUCGACGAGACGCAGACCAAGCGCAGCACCUUCGACACCUUCCCGCAGGCGCUGCUCACCGUGUUCCAGAUCCUGACGGGGGAGGACUGGAACGCGGUGAUGUACGAUGGGAUCAUGGCCUACGGCGGGCCCGUCUUCCCCGGGAUGCUCGUCUGCGUCUACUUCGUCAUCCUCUUCAUCUGCGGGAACUGUGCGUGGGCAGGCGGGGCACUGGGGGCACUGGGGAGACUGGGAGGGGGGGGUGUGACAGUCCGUGAACAGCAGGGUCCCGGGGGGGACGAGGAGGCCGGGGGGGAGCGCGACAGCCUGGGCAGGGCCCGGCUGGAGUCCCUGGAAGAGGCCCCCAAACCCAAAGUGACCCCGAUCCCCGAGGGCAGCGCCUUCUUCGUGCUGAGCAGCACCAACCCCCCGGGGCUCUGGCUCUCCCCUGCACAGAUGACCGUGUUCGGCGGUUUCCUGCACAAAGGCUCCUUCCUCCGAAACUGGUUCAACCUCCUGGACGUGCUGGUGGUCGGCGUGUCCCUCAUCUCCUUCGGCAUGCACUCCAGCGCCAUCUCGGUGGUGAAGAUCCUGCGGGUCCUGCGCGUCCUGAGGCCGCUGCGAGCCAUCAACCGGGCCAAGGGCCUCAAGCACGUGGUGCAGUGUGUGUUCGUGGCCAUCCGCACCAUCGGGAACAUCAUGAUCGUCACCACGCUGCUGCAGUUCAUGUUCGCCUGUAUUGGGGUGCAGCUCUUCAAGUGUCCCUUUGGGGUCUCACCCUGGCUGUCCCCAUGUCCCCACACCAGGGGGACAUUCCUGGUGUACAAGGACGGGGACGUGUCCCACCCCUCGGUGCGGGAGCGCCUCUGGCUCAACAGCGACUUCAACUUCGACAACGUUCUGGCGGGGAUGAUGGCGCUGUUCACCGUGUCCACCUUCGAGGGGUGGCCCGCGCUGCUGUACAAGGCCAUCGACGCCAACGCCGAGAACCAGGGGCCCAUCUACAACUACCGCGUGGAGAUCUCCAUCUUCUUCAUCGUCUACAUCAUCGUCAUCGCCUUCUUCAUGAUGAACAUCUUCGUGGGCUUCGUCAUCAUCACCUUCCGCGCGCAGGGCGAGAGCGAGUACCGCAACUGCGAGCUGGACAAGAACCAGCGGCAGUGUGUGGAGUACGCGCUCAAGGCGCAGCCGCUGCGCCGCUACAUCCCCAAGAACCGCACCCAGUACCGCGUGUGGGCCAUGGUCAACUCCACCGCCUUCGAGUACAUCAUGUUCGUCCUCAUCCUGCUCAACACCAUCGCGCUGGCCGUGCAGCACUACGAGCAGUCCAAGCCCUUCAACUACGUGAUGGACCUGCUGAACAUGGUGUUCACGGGGCUCUUCACCGUGGAGAUGGUGCUCAAGAUCAUCGCCUUCAAACCCCGGCAUUACUUCUGUGACGCCUGGAACACCUUCGACGCCCUCAUCGUGGUGGGCAGCGUGGUGGACAUCGCCGUCACCGAGGUCAACGUGAGUCACCCUCCUUGUGCCCUGGCUCAGGGGAGGUUCGUGUUUUGGGGCGGUCCUGGAUGUCUGCGUGUCCCCCUGUCCAUGUCCUCAUGUCCAUCUGUCUGUCUCCAUCAUCUCCAUCUCUAUCAUUUCCAUCAUCUCCAUCAUCUCCGUCAUUUCCAUCUCCAUCAUCUCCACGGUCCCACCUGCCUGUCACAGAACGGGGGGCACGUUGGUGAGAGCUCGGAGGACAGUUCCCGCAUCUCCAUCACUUUUUUCCGGCUGUUCCGCGUGAUGCGCUUGCUUUUCCCUUCCUUCCUCCCUUCCCUCUCCUCCCCAUCUCCCUCCUCCCUGACCCCACCUCCCUCCCCGCAGAUGCUGAACCUGUUCGUGGCUGUGAUCAUGGACAACUUCGAUUACCUGACGCGCGACUGGUCCAUCCUGGGCCCGCACCACCUGGACGAGUUCAAGCGCGUGUGGUCCGAGUACGACCCCGCAGCCAAGGGCCGCAUCAAGCACCUGGACGUGGUGACGCUGCUGCGCCGCAUCCAGCCCCCGCUGGGCUUUGGGAAGCUCUGCCCGCACCGCGUGGCCUGCAAGCGCCUGGUGGCCAUGAACAUGCCCCUCAACUCGGACGGGACCGUCACCUUCAACGCCACGCUCUUCGCUCUGGUCCGCACCUCCCUCAAGAUCAAGACGGAAGGUUGGGAGCUGGGAGGGUCUGGGGGGGGACAGGGGACAGCAGGGGGUGACAGGGGACAGCAGGGGGGGGGCGGCAAGUUCUACGCCACCUUCCUGAUCCAGGACUAUUUCCGCAAGUUCCGGCGGCGGAAGGAGCGGGGGAUGCUGGGCGCCAGCGCGGGCCCCAGCAAUGAGCGCGCGCUGCAGGCCGGGCUGCAGACGCUGCAGGCGCUGGGCCCUGAGAUGCGCCGGGCACUGAGUGACCUGGAGGGGGACGAGGGCGGGGACGCCCCAGCGGAGGAGCCACUCACCUACGCCGUGAGCCACGCCCACCCAGCACACCUGCAUCAUGGCCACGCCCAUACACCACACCUGCAUCGUGACCACGCCUGCCCAGCACACCUGCAUCAUGGCCACGCCCACCCACCACACCUGCAUCAUGGUGACACCCAUCCACCACACCUGCAUCGUGGCCAUGUCCACCCAACACACUUGUCCUAUGGCCACGCCCACUGGACACACCUGCAUCGUGGCCAUGCCCACCCACCACACCUGCAUCGUGGCCACGCCCACCAACCACACCUGUCCAAAAAUCCAGACCAAAUAGCCACAUCUGUUCCUUGGCCAUGCUCACCGACCACACCUGUC